UUUCAGUCUGCUAUGAACAGUCUGCAAUUGCCAUCGGGUGGGAAUAAAAUAAAACCGAACGUCUCGUUGUGAAAAAUCUUUUUUCAAUUUUUCUUUUCUUAAAUCAAAGUUCCUAAAAUCGAAAUGAAAGGAUUUAUAGAUCUCAUAAAUUAGUUAUUUAGUUUUGCAUUUCGAUUAAGACAAUUUCCACUCUAAAACGACCAGCAGAAAAGUGUGGAACUAACGAAAAAAAAGCAAUUUGAUUAUUAUGGAUUGGAAUUUCGGUGAUAGGCCGAAAGCUGGCACCGAAACCGCAUUGGAUGCUUGUGAUUACUUUGUUGAUGAGGUCAUAGAAAUCACAAAUUCUUUGGAUGCUAGAGAACAAGUGCGAUUGAUUAAGCAUAAAGAACUGCGACAUGCAGUGGUUGCCGGAGAUGAAAGAACCGUACGGGUAUUAUUGGAAGCCCUUGGAAAUGAACGCCAGAUUAUAGUGAAUAUGGCCCCGGCUGGAGCAAACACUUUACUUUUUUUAGCUGCUCAGUCGGGGUUCGAAAGCAUCACAAAACGAUUACUAGACGCUGGAUCUGAUGGCCGAUCUCAUGCAGUUACAAAGUAUUCUCCACUUUAUUCAUCUGUUCACCAUGGUCAUUACAAUGUGGCUAAACUUAUGCUGGACACGUUUGCCGACUUAAUACAGCAACCAACAAUGGAGAGAUGGCUACCACUCCAUGCGGCCUGUAUAAAUGGCCACAUUAAUUUAGUUGAACUUCUUAUAAAUUACAACUAUCCGGACUAUUUGUAUAGUACGUUCAGAGAUGAAGAAGGCAUUUGGGAAUGGCGGUUGCCAUUCGAUCCAAAUCAACAAGAUGUAACUGGCCAGACAAGCCUUUAUAUUGCAAGCAUUUUAGGAAAUAAAUCUCUUGUCAAUAUGAUGCUUAACUGGAAGGUUAAAUGUAAAAAGACACUAGCCGAUAGUCCACAGAGCACACCCAUGACUCCAACUCGAAAAAGAAUUUCAUUUGGUAUUCAAGCUAUUAUGUCAAAACUUAAUAUAUCCGCAGAAGGAGAUAAUCUUGUCAAGGAGGAUACCGAAUGUGAAAAAUGUCCAAUUAAUUUAAACCUUCUCUGUGGUGCUGCUAGAGAAACUGCCUUAUUGGCAGCAGUCCGUGGAGGUUUUCUAGAUGUGGUCACUUCACUUUUACAACAUGGAGCUAAUCCAAACAUUGUUGCAAAGCCAGUUGAAGACCAAAACGAUCCAAAAUGCAGUGAAGAAAUUUAUGGACUCAGCAAUGUUCCCAUUGCAGAAGCAUGCAAACAAAAAUCUCUUCCUAUGGUGGAGCUGUUGCUUAACUAUGGUGCUCGUGAUGAUCUUGGUUCAGCUCUUAAUGUAGCUGUAAACAGUGGAGAUGAGAAUAUUUUAAAUCGGCUCUUAGCCAAACGUGUACACCCAGAUUCAGAUUAUAAGAUCAAUAAAAAAGGAUUACCAACACCUGUGGAAGUUAACGUUUUCAAUCCAUCGGCAACUAACGUGACUUAUAGUACGAUGUUUCCAAACGUUCCAACCAUUAUCGAUUGGCAUAAUAAUAACAACGUUCAGUUAUCUUUAAUUCGAGUAAGUUGGAUGGUAAAUGGAGUACUACAACUAAAUCCUAAACUACAAGGACAUCCAAAAAUCAAUGAAGUUGCUUUGACUGCAAUCACAAGAAUUGAUUUUUCGCACAAUAAUUUAACCAGCUUGCCAAUAGAAAUAUUCUCUUUGGUUAGUUUGAAGUACUUCAAUGUAGCUCAAAAUAAGCUUACAUCACUACCUCAACCAGCUGAAGGAGAAAAGACUUAUUCAUGUCCAGUACUGGAUGAGAUAUUCCUACAAGAUAAUCGACUAGCAACAAUUCCAGCUGAAAUUUUUCAUUUGCCUUCACUAACUAUAUUAGACAUUUCCAAUAAUAAACUACAAGAACUCCCUUUCGACAUGUGGAAAGCACCUAAGCUUCGCGAACUAAAUAUUGCAUUCAAUCUUCUCAAGGAUCUACCCAUUCCACCAAUGCAGCCAUCACCAUCGCAACUUAGUCUUGACAAAAUUGAUUGUGAACCAUUUUCGCAUCUUGAAUCAUCAGAUACUCAUAAAAACAAUCCCCGCACUUUAACAUUCCAACAAUUGAUACAUAGAAACGUUUGGUCAAAUGCAUUAGAAAUAACUGACAACGAUCUUAAAUGGAAUGAAUCCAAGAAAGAAGAAGGAGUUUCUCAACUAAAUAAUCUUAACAUUGCCAAUAACUUAUUUACAAGCAUACCAGCGGCAUUGCCAUGUUUAGCAGUCAAUCUGACUCGACUGAACAUGUCAUACAAUAGUUUGAGAUCAAUGGGACACGUUACCAGUUAUCCGUCGACUUUAAAACAAUUGGAUCUUAGUCACAAUGAAAUAUCAUGCUGGCCAAGUCUUCCAAGAAUAACAGAUAGUGAUCCCCAUUUAUUGUGUUACAGCUAUGUUGAGAAAUCACAAAAUGAAUCAGGUUCUUUUGAAAUGGAACAAAGUCCAUAUUCAAAACCAGGUGCAAGCAAUAAACCAUCUUCAUUCCGUAGUACGGUAUUGAAGAGUGUUUGUCGCCAUCGAAGACAUCUUAGAUUGGAAUCACUUCGAACUCUAAUAUUGGCUGAUAAUCUAUUAACUCGAAUUCAACUUUCAACUGAUGAUGUUACGACGUUGUUUAAUGAAACUGACGACUCGGAUUGGAGUGUAGUAGGAGUAACAAAAUCAAAACUAAUAUUUCCUAAUCUAUCCAUGUUAGAUAUAAGUAAUAAUUGUCUGAAGGAAAUUCCAACAUCACUUCACGAAUUAAGCAGUCUCAGCGUACUAAAUAUUAGCGGCAAUGUCGAUAUUACAGAUCUGCCACCUCACCUUGGACUUUUAUCAAGACUAUGGAAUUUAAAUACUCGUGGCUGUCUACUUCAAGAUCCUCUAAAGUGUAUGAUCGAAAGUAAGAAAUACAAGACAAUGGACAUUAUUGGAUAUUUGAAAUCCAUUUACGAGGACGCACAACCAUACGCACGAAUGAAACUUAUGGUUGUUGGAGUACAGGGUAUUGGAAAAACAACUUUACUAGAUAUCCUUACCCAAGGUGGUUCACAGAAAAGUCGAGCUUCCGAAAAUCACUGGGCCCGCCGAAUGGGUCAUACAAAGAAUCUCUCGAAGACUAAUCGUGGAGUGAAUAUAUCGACUGUUGGUGUUGAUAUUGGUACAUGGAUAUGUGAGAAGCGUAAAAAAGGGCCGGGUUCACGAGGUCCAGUUGUUUUUCGAACUUGGGAUUUUGGUGGACAAAAAGAAUAUUAUGCAACUCAUCAGUAUUUCUUAUCAAAGCGAAGUUUGUAUUUAGUUUUAUGGAAAAUAACUGACGGUCACAAGGGUUUGGCAGAGAUAUUACAAUGGCUUGGAAAUAUUCAGGCUAGAGCACCCAACUCUCCAGUUAUCAUUGUUGGAACUUAUUUUGAUGCAGUUGGUGAAAGUUUUUCACCUCAAAAAGCUGAAGAACUGCAACAAAUUAUUCGAGAAAAAUUCAUUGCAAUACCAGAUGCUGAAAAAAUUGGAUUGCCUCGUGUAAUUGAUUCUAUUGAAAUCAGCUGUAGGACCCUUCAUAACAUUCGCUUACUGUCCAACAUAAUUUAUGAUACUGCAUUUAUGUUACGUUCGCCUGGCUCCAAAGAACCACUUCUUUUGCAAAAAAUUCCAGCCAGCUAUAUUGCUUUGGAGGAUAUUGUUAAUUUAAUAUCUUGUAAUCUAAAAGCUGUCGGAAUGGAUCCGGUUUUGGAUGCAGAACGCUAUAAAAAGAUUGUCACAGACGAAAUGAGAAUACAUAAUUAUAAAAGUUUUAGAGAUGUCGCGGAAUUGAAUCAAGCAACUAUGUUCCUUCAUGACAACGGUGUUGUUUUACACUAUGACGAUGCGACACUACGAGAUUUUUAUUUUCUUGAUCCACAAUGGUUAUGCGAUAUGUUGGCUCAUGUUGUGACAGUGAGAGAGAUAAAUCCAUUUGCAAGAACUGGUGUAAUGAAAUUAGAGGAUUUACAAUUGCUGUUUCGAAAUACGAAUUCAUCAGCAAAUAAUAAUAGAAGUUACAUUGUAAAUUUGCUCAACAAAUUCGAAGUUGCUCUGACUUGGGACUCAAGGACACUCCUUAUUCCAUCGCUUUUACCACUCAAUGAAGACGUAAAUCCAAAUGCAGGAACAACAGUAAAGAUCUCACAACGAACUCGUGGACGUAAUGUAAAUCUUGGUUGUUCAGUCUCUAACGACAUCAACCUUAACAAUUUAUUUUAUGAACCAUUCCCUAGAGAUAAUGAAUGUGGCAUUCGUAGAAUACUUCUCAUGACUUAUUUCCCGUCAGGAUUUUGGUCAAGAUUAUUGACAAGGCUUCUUGCUGAUGAACAGAUUAUGGAAGCAAUUAAAAUGGCUUAUAGUGCUGUUAACGAGAAUUCUGUUGAAUUUGAUUUAAAAACAUGCUUGGAACAAGAAACCCAAUGGAACCUCUGGCAAACAGGUGUCUCACUUUAUUUUGGAAAUGUAUUGCUUAUGAAAAUCUGGGAAGUUCCAUUUACUCAUAACUCAAUUCUUCGAAGUACUAGCAAUCGUUUCAAACUAAAGCUAGAUGGUGUAUGGAAUGAUGUUAAUUUGGCAACAUCCAGUAUAUUGGAAAUAUAUUUUCCAUUAUUGAGUGUCAACAUUAGCCAAGAACUCGAUGAUAAUGUCAAGCAAAUGGUUGCCUCGGUUGAACCUAAUUUGCCAGUUAUUUCCAAGCUAUUGGCACUUUCUGUAGAUCAUAUUGAUCUGCUUCUAGAAGACUGGUAUCCAUCGCUAGGAACACGUUUUGUUCACACAUCCGAGGGCAGAUUCUUAAUCACUCGUUUGGUACUGUGUCCAAAAUGCUUGCGAAAAAUUAGUGAUAAUUGCAUUUUAUUGGAUGCCACACAAGAAAAUCUUGUUAGAUCUCGAAAUGUUGGUGGGAUGCGUAGAAGAAGUCCUGCUGCUGGUGUUCUUGAUCCGGAUUAUUUUAGUGCUAGAAGAGAAAGAAGAUCUGAGGAUUCAUUGUGUCUAUCUGAUGCUGAUUCUGGCGUUGGGCCGGAUUCAGCUGGAUCAUCAAGGAAUACAUCUGUCGACGGACAUCCUCUCUAUAAUAUUCCAGAUACAUCAAAUGUUUGCUAUACCUGGAUGAUUGAAGAAUGCAUACUCUCGGUGUAUAAUCAAACAAAAAUAUCCUGCCCAGUACAUUUGGAAGUAAACAUGAUAAAAAUUGCUCCAGAUGUGAUCUUUUCUGAUAUACCAGAGAAGUAUACUAUAAACCCAGAAAGUAUAGUAAAAGGUUCUCUACUUGGUCGCGGUGCUUUUGGUUUUGUUUUCAAAGCAACGUGUAAAGUAAAAGGUUCCAGAUCUUUUAGAUCUGUUGCGAUGAAAAUGUUACAACCGGUUCCACCUGGUCCUAGAGCCAAAGAUAGUGCCCUUAUGGCUUAUAAAGUUGCACUUGGGAAAUGGGAUCGUGAUCCUUUGCAGCACUCAUGCAAGGCCUAUUGCACAGCAAGGCAGGAGUUGGCUGUUCUUCUUACACUUAAACAUCCAAAUAUAGUUCCUUUGGUGGGAAUUUGUAUCAAACCCCUAGCCCUAGUUCUUGAUCUCGCUCCAAUGGGUGGAUUAGAUUCAAUUCUACGACAAUAUCGUCGAAGUGGAGCCCAUAUUGGUCCACAUACAUUCCAAAUUCUAGUCUUACAAGCUGCACGAGCAAUUGAAUAUCUUCAUCGCCGAAGAAUUAUAUAUCGUGAUUUGAAAUCGGAAAAUGUUCUAGUCUGGGAUUUCCCUCUUCCCCACAGUGAGGAUAGUCCGAGAAAUAGUAUUCAUAUAAAAAUAGCUGAUUAUGGUAUUAGCAGAAUGACGGCGCCAAGUGGAUCCAAAGGAUUUGGUGGUACCGAAGGCUUCAUGGCCCCAGAGAUAAUUCGUUAUAAUGGAGAGGAAGAAUAUACCGAAAAGGUUGACUGCUUUUCAUUUGGAAUGUUUAUCUAUGAAAAUAUAAGCUUGCGACAACCUUUUGAGGGUCAAGAAUCUAUCAAAGAAUGUAUUUUAGAAGGAAGCCGUCCACAGUUGACACAGAGAGAAACUCAAUUUCCAACUUAUUGUCUCGAUUUAAUGGUUCUUUGUUGGGAUGAACUUCCAAAAAAAAGACCAUCAGGCAGCCAAAUUGUUUCUAUUCUUACAGCUCCAGAGUGCAUACAUUUGUUGGAUGUAACAGCAUUGUCACAUAGUGAAAAAGUUGUUUGUGGUGCUUUUAAAACACUGCUUAAAGGUGAAGAUGAUACCAAUGGGUUUGAGCUUUGGCUUCCGACCAACAAUUCACGCAUCGAUAUACUUGACACAUCCCCAUUUGGUAACUAUCUUCAAUACAGUAGUAUUCUCUGUGAGAAUAAAAUCCAUUUGGAAUCGCCACGGGAACAAGCUAAACGGAAAGGCUACAAAAUAAAUAUGCUUUGCUGUUGCAUUAUAGAGGAUACUUUCUGGACAGGAGAUUCAGCAGGAAAUUUGCAUGUGUACAGCACAACUAAUUACACACAUGUAUUUUCCUACAUGUUUGAUCCGUCAAUAAAAAGUCCUAUUAUUAGUCUUGUUUAUUUGAAAAAUAUUGAAAGAGUUGCGGUUGGUCUACAUAAUGGUCGGGUAUUUCUAGUUGAUUCGACAAAAGUGCCAACAAAUUGUGCUUUUGCCGAAGGAUCUUUUGUUCUCACCGAAAUAUGUUCAGGACAAAUUCUUCAUAGUGCUGUUGCUGUCUUAAUUGAUGAAACCUAUGAAUUAUGGUGCGGCGAAACAGGAGGCAAAAUAAAUAUUUUUCCACUAAGCAAGUCUGGAGUAUCGGGUCAUCAAGCUGUUUGUCACAGUGAUGAACCCAAUAUCAUAGAAGAUGUAAAAGUUGCGCGGUUAUGUUCGAAUGAGAAAUAUGUCUACUCUUGUCUGUAUCCUGGAUUCAUGGUAUACCAAUGGAAUAUAUCAACGAAAACUAUCGAAAAUAAACUAGAUUGUUCCAAGUUAUUACCAUGUUCUGAAAGCCUUAAAAGCAUCUCAAUUGAUGAACAUUUAAGUUUAAUUAAAUGUCAGAUUUCAGCAUUAGCAGCUCAUGUAAAUGAACUAUACGUUGGUACGACUUGGGGCUGCCUAAUCAUAGCUGAGGUGAAUAGUUUGCGUCCGAUAACUGUUUUUCGCCCUUAUGAAAAUGAGAUUAAAGCUAUUGUACCUGUGCCAAGUAAGACUACACCACUUAUUGCCACAAUUGGCCGUCGUUACAGAUCACUGAUAUCACGUUAUAUGGAUAAUAUAGAUAGCAUUGGCCAACCAAGCACAUCACAUUUUGAACAUCACAAAAGUCCAAAGAUCUUGCCACCCGAUGUUGAACACAAUAUUCAUUGUUUGUUGUGGCGUGCAAAAAAUUGGACAUAACAGUAAAUGUAUUGUGUUUAUUAUUAUUGUUUUACAUUAAAUUUAUUUAUU